AUGCUAGCACUUCAGUACGAAUCUCCCAAAGAGGGCCUAAAGCUUUGCAAAAUCCCAAUACCCGAGCCUGGCCCCGGUUCGGUGCAGAUCCGUGUGAAGGCGGCGGGAUUGUGCUACUCGGACUGUCAUCUCGUCAAAGGACACGACGGUGUGCUUGUCAGGAAGCCCAUCACGCUGGGCCACGAGGUAUCAGGCAUCAUAACCGCUAUCGGUCCCAGUGUGGUCGGAUACCGCGCUGGCGACCGCGUCGCUGUGUCACUUCUCGCGUAUCCUCUCAACAUGGACGCCGAGUACGCCGUCGCACCAGUGAACCGACUCGUUCGGAUCCCUGAUGGUGUUCUUUUCUCCCAAGCCGCGGUCGCGACGGAUGCGACGGCCACAGCUUACCAUGCCGUAAUGAUUGAAGCUGGCGUAUGUCCCGGCGCAACGGUUGGGAUUGUCGGCAUUGGAGGCCUCGGGAUGCAAGGUCUUCGUUUUGCAGCACUCAAAGGCGCCACGGUUUACGGCAUCGACAUCGUGGACUCCAAGUUCGCGCGGGCCAAACAACUCGGCGCUCGCGGGUGUUUCAAGAGUUUGAAGGAGGUCGGGGAUAUUGCUUUUGACGUAAUAGUCGACUUUGUUGGCGCCAAAGAGAUAACGAGAUCCGCCCUUGAGCGUGUCAAAGAAGGAGGCAAGGUCGUACUUGUUGGACUGGCAGCGGGAAACGUGACCAUCUCGAGCACCGAUUUGGUCACACGUAGCAUCACACUGAUCGGGUCAUUAGGUGCUAGCGAAGCCGAUUUGAAGGACGUAUUAGAGCUACUCUCAAGGAAAGAAAUCGACCCGGAACUGGAGGAAAUCCCCUUUUCAGAUAUCCCGGCCGGGCUUAAUGCCCUUGAUAUAGGUAAAGCUCAAGGAAGGCUUUGGACGGAUCCAAGCAAGCCCAGAAAAAGAUUUAGUCAGCUGUAA